AUGUCUCUGAAGCCUAUUACCCUUUGGGGCCAUGUCAUGGGCGCUAACCCUUGGAAAGUGGUUUUCAUUUUGGAACAACUGGGUAUUCCAUACGAGCACAAAUUCGUCCCAUUCGACGGGAUCAAGAAGGAGCCAUACGUGAACAUCAAUCCCAAUGGCCGUGUCCCAGCGAUCGAAGACCCCAACACGGGAAUCACCUUAUGGGAAUCGGGCGCCAUCCUUGAAUACCUGAUCGAAACGUACGACAAGCAAAACACCAUCAGUUUUCCCGCCGGCACUCCAGAGUACUUCCAAGCUAAGCAGUGGCUCCACUUCCAAAUGUCCGGUCAAGGGCCGUACUUUGGUCAAGCUGUGUGGUUUACCAUUUACCAUCCGGAAAAGGUCGAAAGCGCGAAGGAGCGCUACUAUAACGAAAUCCGCCGUGUAUCCGGCGUGCUGGACAAGUACCUUCAAAAUCGCGAGUACUUGGUCGGUGACAAAUUCAGCUAUGUCGACGCCGCAUUCGUGCCUUGGUUCCAGAUUAUUCCGGGAAUCACUGGGGACGCCAUCGAUCUUGAGAAGGAUUUCCCGAACCUCAACGCAUGGUUGAAGAGACUUCAUGCCCAGCCUGCUAUCGCCAAGGCUCUCAAAGACAAAGAGGCAGCCGCGGCCGCACAAAAAAAAUGA